AAAAGGUCAAAUGUCAAACACAUGUGUUGGUUUUUUGUGGGAUCGCUUCUAACCGAAUCAGGAUAAAACGUACAUUGUGUAUUUUUGUAUGAUCGUUGAACAUUAAAGAUAGAAACGAAAAGCAUGAGAUCAAGAUGAAGGUUAGAAGGUACAAGCAUGCAAGGCGGUUCUUGUCAUUCUACAAGAAUAACUACCAGUUCAGACCCCCGUACCAGAUUCUCAUUGAUGGUACCUUUACCAAUAUGGCCCUCCAGUACAAGAUUAACCUCAAGGAACAGAUCCCAAAGUACAUCGGAGAAGAGGUUCAGCUUCUCACCACAAAAUGUGCUAUAGCUGAAAUGGAAAACCUAGGAAGUGACUUGUAUGGUGCCAUGUCCAUUCUAACACGGUUUAAAGUUCGUAAAUGCCCUCAUCACGGGAAGCCUGUCGGGGCUUCCGAGUGCCUACUGAGUAUGCUCAGUGAAAGCAACAGUCAUCAUUACUUCAUUGCAACACAGGAUCCAGACCUCUCUAGGCAUCUGCGAAAGAUUCCAGCAGCACCACUACUCUAUAUCAACUUCAAUGCUAUUGUAUUAGAGAAACCAUCAAUGGUGUCGCAGAAAACAGCAGAGAGCAAAAUAACCAGCAAACUAGCACCCUCAGCAGAGGAGAAAGACACAUUAAAGAAAUUGAAACAAAGAUUCUUGCCUCAAAAUGAGAGAAAGCGAUUUAAGAAGAAAAGACCAAAAGGACCAAAUCCAUUAUCAGUUAAAAAAAAGAAAAAGAAACAAAGUGAAAGUAAUGUUUUAAAUAGUUUGCCAGGACGUGAGGGAAGCAAGAACCGGAAAAGAAAACGAAGAAAGAAAAAGUUGACAAGCCAAGUUGAAUAAAUUAUAAUGCCAUCUAUCUUGCAA